AUGCUUCCGAAGCGGCGGCGAGCGUGGGUCGGGUCCACUGGCGGUCCUGCCCCCUCCACGGCGCGCUUCCCCGGCAUUGCCAUCUACCUGGCCGAGCCGCGCAUGGGUCGCAGCCGCCGGGCCUUCCUCACGCGCCUGGCCCUCUCCAAGGGCUUCCGGGUCCUGGAUGCCUACAGCUCUGAGGUGACACAUGUGGUGAUGGAACAGACCUCAGCAGAGGAGGCCAGCACCUGGAAGGAGCACAGGGCAGUGGCAGGCUCUCCACAGGGCCGCACCAGCCCAGUGCUGCUGGACAUAAGCUGGUUCACGGAAAGCAUGGCAGCUGGGGAGCCCGUGCCUGUGGAGCCCCGGCACUGCCUGGAGGUGGCCGUGCCCGGGAAAGGGCUGCCAGGCUCAGUAUGGAUGCCACAGUAUGCCUGCCAGCGCCCCACACCCCUCACACACCACAACAGCAGCCUCACGGAGCCUCUGGAGAUGCUGGCGGAGGCGGCUGGCUUUGAGGGCAGUGAAGGCCGCUUCCUCUCCUUCUACAGAGCGGCCUCGGUGCUCAAGGCCCUUCCGAGCCGGGUCACAGCCAUGAGCCAGCUGCAGGGGCUGCCCCACUUUGGAGAACAUUCCUGCAGGGUCAUCCAGGAAGUGCUGGCACAGGGAGUAUGUGAGGAGGUGGAGAGAAUCCGAUGCUCAGAGAGGUACCAGACCAUGAAGCUUUUCACCGGGAUCUUCGGGGUUGGGGUAAAGACUGCUGACCGGUGGUACCGAGAAGGGCUGCGGACCCUUGACAGCCUCCAAGAGCAGCCCCAGAGGCUGACCCAGCAGCAGAAAGCAGGACUCCGGCACUACCAGGACCUGAGUGUGCCACUCCAGCGACCCCAAGUGGAGGCCCUGCAGCGGGUGGUGGAGGCAGCCGUGGGGCACAUCCUUCCCGGGGCCACCGUCACGCUGGCCGGGGGCUUUCGGAGGGGCAAGUUGCAGGGCCACGACGUGGAUUUCCUCCUCACCCACCCCCAGGAGGGCCGGGAGGCAGGGCUGCUGUCCAGAGUGAUGCACAGCCUGCAGAGUCAGGGCCUUGUCCUGUACCCUGCCACCACCGACCACUGAUGCGAAUGCAGCCUGCACGCCCGGCAGAACCAUGCCAUGGACGGCUUUGAGAGAACCUUCUGUAUCUUCUGCCUGCCCAGCCUUCUCCCAGGGCUGCUGACAGAGUAG